AUGCCUGCCGAAACCACCACCCUCCAGCAGUUCGAGACCGUCUGGCCCAAGCUCCAGGCCGCCAUCCUCGAACAUGCCCAGUCCUACAAGCUCCCCCAAAAGGAACUGGAGUGGCUCAAAGAGAGCCUCGAGACCAACACGCUCGGCGGCAAAUGCAACCGCGGCAUGUCCGUCCCCGACUCCGUCUCCCUCCUCCUCGGCGAGAAGCUCUCCGACGAGCAAUACUUUCACGCCGCCACCCUCGGCUGGAUGACGGAGCUGCUGCAAGCCUUCUUCCUCGUCUCCGACGACAUCAUGGACAGCAGCAUCACCCGCCGCGGCAAGCCCUGCUGGUACCGCAUGCCCGGCGUCGGCAUGACGGCCAUCAACGACGCCUUUAUGCUCGAGUCGUCCAUCUACACGCUGCUCAAAAAGUUCUUCCGCACCCACCCGGCCUACAUUGACCUCGUCGAGCUCUUCCACGAGGUCGCGCUGCAGACGGAGCUCGGCCAGCUCUGCGACCUGCUCACCGCCCCCGAGGACCAGGUCAACCUCGACAACUUUUCCAUGCAAAAGUACCAGUUCAUCGUCAUCUACAAGACGUCCUACUACUCAUUCUACCUCCCCGUCGCCCUCGCCCUCCACCAGCUCAACCUCGCCACGCCAGCCAACCUCAAGCAGGCCGAGGCCAUCCUCAUCCCCCUCGGCGAGUACUUCCAGGUCCAGGACGACUACCUCGACAACUUUGGCCUGCCCGAGCACAUUGGCAAGAUCGGCACCGAUAUCAAGGACAACAAGUGCUCCUGGCUCGUCAACAAGGCCCUCGAGCUGGCCACGCCCGCCCAGCGCCAGAUUCUCGAGGAAAACUACGGUCAAAAGGACGACGCCAAGGAGGCCGUCAUCAAGAAGCUCUACGACGACAUGAAGCUCAAGGAUGUCUACCUCGAGUUUGAGGAGAAGCGCGCCGAAGAGAUCCGCGCCAUGAUUGCCAAGGUUGACGAGAGCGACGGCCUCAAAAAGGAGAUUUUUGAAGUCUUUCUGGCAAAGGUGUACAAGCGCACCAAGUAA